AUGUCAUUCCUCAACGUGUUUAAGAACUCCCUCCCAUGGGUACACUCGCCACUCAUCGCCAACGCCCCCAUGAGCGGCGCGGCCACCAGUGAGCUCGCCAUAGCCGUCACUCUCGCCGGAGGGCUGGGCCAAAUCGGAUUCAUGGAUGACAUACGCGAGCUAUCGAAGGAACUGCAAUUCGCACGGGAAAACCUCCAGGACCUCAUGGCUACUCUUCCUAAUCCUCAGGUGCUACCAAUCGGGGUUGGUGUUAUCGUCUUCGGAUCACCGAUGGAAGCGUGGAUGCGCCUGUUCAAGACGCAUCAACCAGCCGUGGUCUGGCUUUCGUUUGCAGGGACAGAUGAAAUGCGGAAAUGGACUGAAGCCAUCCGGCAGGCUUCACCGGAGACACGCGUGUGGGUUCAACUCGGCAGCGUGAAGGCGGCUUUGGAUGUCGAGCAAGCGUGCCACCCCGAUGCUUUAGUCUUACAAGGUAGUGAUGCUGGCGGCCAUGGGCAUCAAAAUGGGGCUAGCAUUGUGAGCCUCAUCCCCGAAGUUGCCGAUACGCUCCUGGAACACGGAAUGAGCAAUAUUCCCCUCGUCGCCGCCGGCGGGAUUGUUGACGGCCGAGGAACUGCUGCGGCGCUCGCACUCGGCACGUCGGGCGUGGUAAUGGGAACGAGAUUCCUUGCAGCUCCAGAAACACACAUCCCUCAGAUCUACCGGGAUGCGAUCCUCAACGCUUCGGACGGCGGCCAAGCUACCGCCCGAUCGCGUGUUUUUGACGAGAUAUGGGGCCCCAACUUCUGGCCCACCACCUAUGACGGGCGAUGUCUUAGGAAUAAGGUGUACGACCAAUAUGCAUCAGGCAUGAAUGUGGAGAAAAUUCGAAGUUGGUUAUCAACUGCAAUGAACGGCCCGGGCAGUGAAUCCUUGAACAUUCAAGACAUGGGCAGCAUAUGGGCUGGGACGGGUGUGGGCAUAGUCAGAAGGAUGGAAAGAGCGUCAGAUAUAGUUCGAGACGUGCGUGAGGAUGCACUCAAGAGAAUUGAUGCCCUAGCGAGGAGGAACUGA